CAAUCAUGGCGGCUGCACCGUUAAGUUUGAGGACACAAAUCCGCGAAGAACUGUCCUGCAGCAUCUGCCUGGAUCUGUUCACCAGGCCCAAGGUGCUGCCCUGUCAGGACACCUUCUGUCAGGACUGUCUACAGGACCAUGCAGGGAGGGGAGGGACCUUCCAGUGCCCAAACUGUCGCCAACAAGUCAGGCUGCCACGUCAAGGGGUCGCUGGUUUGCCCGACAAUCGCAUUGUGGCCAACAUGAGCGAGAGGUUCCAACAACAAGCUACACUGUCAGUGGACACACGCGAGCAACCACAGUCAAGAAACAGAUGCAGUUUUCACCCCACUGAAGAAGUCAGGCUCUACUGUAAACAGUGUAAAGUUCCAGUUUGUCAUGAGUGUCUUGAUGAAAGCCAUGGUGAACAUUCUACAAUGAGCCUCAGAAAAGCAAUCCAACAACAUAGAGGUCCGGUCCAGGCCUUGAUCAAUGAGGGGAGGGGCAUCUUGGAGACCUACUGUAGCUUCAUCAGAGGUCUGAGAGAGGAGGAGAGAAGGCUGGACGAUCAGAAAGAACAGGCGGACAACAAAAUCGACGAGGCCUACAGACAAGCCUGUGAUCAAAUCAUUCAGAAGCUGACCGAGGAAAAAGACAAGCUGUUGUCUGAAGUUGAGACGAACCACAGGCAAAACAAGGGAGCCGUGCAGGGACAAAAAGAUGUGGUUUGGGCUGAUGUCGCCGAACUGUCUUCCGUCUGUGAUGGUGCGGAGCAGGACAUGGAUGGAGAAGGUGGGCAGUUUCUCAGUCAUGAACCCAAACUAGCCGAGGUCGUAGGGAGGUUCAGACACAAGACUUUGCCAAAUCCACUUCAAACCCACCCUGCUGUCUUCCAGCCUAAGGUAAGAGUGGAACUCGUGUGUACACUAGGAGAUGUGACAGUCCCGGGGGCUGCACCGUCUGCUACAACCAAAACCAUUUGUAACCAAACCCAAUUCGGUCGAUGUGGUUCAGAACCAGGUCAGUUCAACUGGCCCCUUGGACUUACAGAGGGCGAGGGGGAGAUCUUUGUAGCAGAUCUUGAAAAUUUGAGAAUCCAAGUCUUCACCCUGCAGGGAACAUUUAUCCGCCAGUUCCCAACAGUCGUGUCUAGUGGAGAGAAGAUGUAUCCAGAUGAUGUGGCCAUGGACGGGGAGGGGAACCUGUGGGCGGUGGGUAGGGUGGUGAUGAGUGUGGUGGGGAGUGUUUUGCGAAGGGCGGUGGGGAUAGGCCGGGACGAUCGCGAGUUUGCUGUGCAGUACAACAAACAGGGCAGCGUGCUGAGGCAGAUUGAGCUACAGACAGGGUGGAACAGAGGAGUUGCCGUGGACACCAGGAGGAACCACAUCCUCAUCACACAAACUACAGGAGACUGGCGCCGACAUGGUGAAGUUUUGGUGUUCAGGCCAGAUGGGACGCUUGUGAAAACUGUGGGUCAGCCGCAGGGGAUGGAAUACCCAUUGUACAUCACUAUGGACGAGGAAGGGAACAUUCUUGUGACAGACUAUGACAAUCACUGUGUCUAUAUGUACAACGAGGACGGACGGUUUCUGUUCCAGUUUGGAGGUAAGGGAAGUGGUGAAGGUCAGAUGAACGGUCCCCUUGGCAUCUGUACAGACAGGACAGGGAACAUCAUCGUGGUAGACAGCUGGAAUUGUCGUGUGGAGAUGUUCGACAAGACAGGAAGAUUUCUCAGGCACAUCACUACUGAUAUGAAAAGUCCUUGGGCUGUUGCCAUGGCACCACAUGGACAGCUGAUGGUGACUGAUACUAAGGAACAUACAGUCACUAUCUUCAAACAUAUUUAAUGACAAAGCAUCUCAGUGAUAAAACCCUCUGAUGCGCUCGAAUAUCUUGCCACCUAGAAUGUUCGUUUCAUUUUAAACCCUUUCUCUGGCACUGUUUGUUUCAUAGUAAGGCUUCAUUCCAAAAUGAG